AUGGCUAUACUUUCAGUAGCCUCGUCGGUGGAUAAAUUAGAAGAAGAAAAAGAAAUGUCGUCCGUAAAAGAUGACAAUAUGGUUGAAUCAUUUGAAGUUCCUUUGAAUGAAACUGAUGAAAGUUCAUCAUCCAUUAUUCGAGGGGCUAGUCGUUUUCUUCUAGCACAUAAAUCACCUUAUUACAAGUCGAAAAUCAUACAAAAACGUAUGAAAUGUAACAAGAACCCUAGAAUAUGUCGUGCCAAAGGUAGUCCGGGGCCAUUUUGCUGCAAAAAGAAGUGUGUAAACGUGUUUGCAGACAGACAAAAUUGUGGAUAUUGUGGGAAGAAAUGCAGGUAUAAUGAGACUUGUUGUAAAGGGAAGUGUGUUAACACAUUGUUUCACAAGAGGCAUUGUGGAGGUUGCGGUAACAAGUGCCAGCAGGGAAGUGCUUGUGUCUAUGGAAUGUGCAGCUAUGCAAAUUAA